AUGUCAAAAAAUGUGCCCAGCGUGGUGGGUCCCCUGCUAGCCGCGCUGCCGCCGCCGCCGUGCCUGCCCUACUGCCAGCACCUGCCCUUGCGCAGCCCGCCACCGCUCCACGGACUGUCAGAAGAGGCCCGUCGUCGCGGCGAGAAGCGACCAAUCCCCGCCGAGCUAAAGGACGAGAAGUACUUCGAGCGGCGCCGCCGCAACAACCAGGCCGCCAAGAAGUCACGAGACGCGCGCCGAGUGCGAGAGGACCAGAUUGCAUGGCGAGCCUGUCUUCUCGAGCAAGAAAACGCGUCAUUGCGCGCACAUGUGGCGGCGCUCAGACAAGAGACGUUAGCGCUGAGGGCGCUACUAGCGGCUGAUGAGCCCGCCGUACCUACUAGCACCACCGCUGACUAG